ACAUGACAUUUGCAGCUAAAGAUUAGAAUACAAACGGGAUCAAGAGGAGCAGUAUGGCUCAUGCUUUGAAGCAGACCUCUCAACAUCUAUGGUUGAUACCAAGAUUUUGUCAGGAAUCCCUGUGUCGGAGGUCAACAAUCUUCUACCAAUCGUCUGCUAGAUCACUUUCAUCACACCAUCCCUUGAGAAGCUCUAGAUCUCAAGAGGAGCAAACCAAACAUGAGUACUCUCCAACCAAAAGAUACACCUCUACUCCAAUGUCAGCUGCAGAUGAAGGAGAAAGAGAAGGAGCGGAUACUGGAGAGAAAGAAGAACAAACAUUUGGAAGGCUCUCUGACAAGUUCAAGCAUACAUAUCAGCCGCUUGGAACAGAUCUAAUAGAUGAAAUUGAAGAAGCUGAGCUAGGAAGUGAAUGGGUCAAACCUCGUGUUAAGAGGAAUACACCCAUCUGGUACGGCAAUCAGAUGAAAAAACUUAUCAAGCAAGAUAAGUUAUCUGAAGCCAUUGAGAUGCUUGAGGUGACGAUGUUAAAGGAAGCCAAGGUGUUUCCUACGGAGUACAACUUUAAUAUCCUGAUAGGUGCUUGUGGAAGGGCAGGCUACACUGACAAGGCUUUCAAACUCUACAACAAGAUGAAGGAGAGAGGUUUGGAAUCGAGUAGUGUGACAUACACAGCACUCUUUAAUGCUUGCUCAGAAUCACCAUGGAAACAGACGGAUGGUGUGACAAGAAUCAAGAAACUUCACCAACAUCUCCUGGAAAAAUCUGUCAAGGUGAAUCUGAUAACACACCAUGCCAUGAUGAAAGCCUAUGCAAAGUGUGGUGACCUUGAGAUGACCUUUAAACUGUUCCGUCACCUGGUUGAGUCUGGAAUACAGUUGAUGCCGAAGAGUUUUUCUUUCCUUCUCUUUGCCUGUGCUGAAGACAAAGAAGCAGGGUUUCUGUAUGCUAUUGAGGCUUGGAGACAGAUGUCGGCUCAGGGUAUCCAACCAAAUAUCUACACCUACAACCUGCUCCUACGCACCACAAGAGACUGUAGCCUGGGAGACAUGGAGGUGGCCAACAGGGUUCUACUUCGGACAAUCACACCAAAAGCGCAGAAGACUCCUGCAUUGCUGACCGAGGGUAGGGCUAAGGAUCGACGUAGGAAGGGGGAGAGGAAGCAGAAGAAAGCUGUUGCUGUACCUCUGUUGACUGGUAAGAAGGCAGAGAUGAUUGAAGUUGAGCCACUUCAGGUUGAGGAUGGAUAUCAGGAAGAAUUAGAAGAUGACGUGAUGAUGGAACUACCUGUGUUGAAAGAACCCUCGGUUGAUCCAGAUCAAAGACAUCAUGUGAAUAGUCACUUGAGUCGUCAGAGAACCGGUGAAUCAAGAACUGGACACUCCCCUGAAGCAGGUGCUAGUUCACACUGGUGGGAUACUAGUGAACAACGCUCAGAUGCUACCGUGAUGGAUGAGUCUGUACAAACUCCUGACUCAUUGAUGACAAGGUUUCAUUCAGUGACAUCAUCCAAGUCGGCAAGUUUGGACAGGACGAGUACAAGUCUGACUUUGGCAGACAUUCCUAAUCUCCUCGAUAUCUCCUCCGAUUUCAGCAAUGUCCAGUCGCUUGCAAAGAUCAGCUAUCCUGACCAAAGGCUUGCACUCUUAGGAGGAGCUCAGGGAUUUCUUGAGAACAUGGAAGCUAAAAAUGUGAAGCCUGAUGUUAAGAGUCUUUCACUUCUAGCAGAAAUUCUUCCAGGAAAGAAGCAGGAAGAGAAUCGUCUUCUAGACCAUGUCAAAGAACACAAGCUGAAGGUGGACAUUGAUUUCUACAAUGUUUUCAUAAGACGAAGAACAAGAAGAGGAGAUCUGAAGAGUGCAAUGACUGUGUUGAAGCACAUUAGUGAGGAUAAAGUGUAUCCCAACCUGCGGACGUAUGUCAACCUAGCUACAGGGUGUGGGCAACCAGAAGAAGGUUUUCAGCUGCUCAAAGAGAUGGAGGAGGCUGGAAUUGAGGCAACAUGCCAUCUUUAUGGGGCUCUGAUUGGAUCUACUCAGAAACACAGGAACUAUCACUACCUGAUUGAUGUUCUGAAGCACAUGGAAGCUCAAGGCGUGCUUCCUAAUGAGAGAGUACUCACACAGCUCGAGAAAAUUGCCGCCUUUGGACAAAACAAGGUUGGACAGACAAUGAGAUCAAGUAGACCUGUCAACAAGAAAGAGCUGAACCUAUUCAGGGGGUUCUACAACCAGUGGCUGAGUCGUAUGAAAGUCCAGGUCCCAGAGCAUCCUUGGGCUAAAUACAGGACCAAGGACAAGACAUUGGAGGACUACAAGUUCCAUGAGACUGCAGUCUAGGUGUGUCUUUGGGAAUACAGAUCCAUGAGCAUUCAAGGACAGGAUGAAAGAGAAGACAGCAGAAUAUUUCAAGUUAUACAAGACUGCAGUCUUUCCGGCCAGAUUAAGAUGUUGUAAUCACAUGUUUGAUUAUCAAGA